AUUUGUGGCAUUGUGGUAAGAUGCUGCUUGUAAAACCUUUGCAAUAAAAUAAUCAAUUAAAAAAAUAGCCCAGUCUUCUCAAACAAACAACAAUGGGUUUCGAAAGCACUUAUCGUUUGACUAGAAAGCACAAUAGCAAAGAAAGGGACUUUUAUCAACUUGCAUAAUAAGAAAUGUCUUCCGGCCACACAUUAGAUAUUGAAUCUAUGUGAAACUGAUGAUUCAGCUACUAGAAAAGGAACAACUUUCCGUGAUAAUACAAGUCUUUGGCACAAGUAUGGAGAUCAAGAAAUUCCUAUGCUGUUUUACCACUCGCGAAGGGAGUUUUAUGUGUGGGGCUGGAUCGCUGAUUAUUGGAUGCCUGAGAAUAUAUCUGCAAUGGUUCAACAUCGAGUUUCUACACAGACUGACCAAGGCACAAAUUAAGGAUCUGCCUUUGUCAAUGACAACGCUACAAAAACUCAGCAUACUGGAAACGUCGAUCAGUGCAGUUGCUCUAUUCGUGACAGUGUUGUUGCUGGUUGGAUUAUGUAAGAGAAAGACAAGUCUGCUGAUCCCGUGGAUUGUCUGGGUAUGCAUAGAAGAACUCUUAGAUGUCUGCAGCCUUGUGGUGUAUGCAGCAAAACACAUUCAGCUGAGCCAUUCUGUAUACAUUGGAGAUGCUGUGUUCUUCAUUAUCAACAUGUACUGUGUUUUCUGUGUGCACUCAUACAGGAAAGACCUCAAAAGAGAGAUUGCAUUGAAAAAGGUAGAAUAUAGUACAUCAGCAUUCCUUAUUAUAAUUUACAAUUAUACAAAAUUUAAAAUUAACUGUCAUUUUGAAUUAUUUCAAGAUGAGACCAGCUGUAUGAAACCCACUUAUCCAUUCCCCCCCCCCCCCCUUUUUCAUGUAUGGCUAUGUGUAUAUUUAAAAAUUAUAUUGCAUUUCUUGUGUUUUGACAGAUAAUGAGACAGGGCAGAAGGUCUAAUGAGGAAGACAGUGAUGAGGAGAUGCUUCUUCCAGGACCUGUCUAAAAUAAAAUUAACUUGUCUAAACCAAACAUAAUAUCUACAACAGACGCCUUUGCCUAUGUAUAUCACCUAACUAAUAAAAACUCAAACCUAAAUGUAUAUUAUCUAAAAAAGGGUGUCUUCGGCUUUGUCGAACAAAAUUGGAAAAAAAAGGUCCUCAAAACAGAUAUAUUUGGCUAUGUGAACAACCUGUUUAAAACCAACAUGAACAAACUUGGAACACAAAUAGGUUACUUUUGCCUGUUAGAUGCAAACUGAAGCUCAGGACAUUUUAAAGGAAGCUGUUAUUGGCUUACGAAUGCUAUAAAGAAAUCAUUUUCAUCAUAGUCAAUAUGUUAUUUAAAAUAUAUGGGAUUUACAAAUCAUUGUAAGCUUCUGCCUCAUUUUAAGGAAUUUCUUCCCCACUUAGAUGGUCUUAACAUGUAAUGCAUUUGUAGAUAAUGUAUGUAAUAACUCAUUAAUGUUAAGGUUUUUUUAAUUUUUAACUUUUGUAAAUAAUAAAUUGAAAAUAGUUUAUUCACAAUAAAGCAGCGGUUUUGUAAUAUA